CGGGGCGCUAAACACAUCCUUCUUCCCCCACCGUUGGGCGAAGGGUUCCGCCCGCUCUCUCGGCGGGCGGCCGUGGCGGCGCAUCCCCCUGCGGGGCGGGCAGGAGGAAGCGCGCCCUCCUCCUCGCUCUCCUCCCGCUCCUCCCUCCCGGUGCUGGCGGCGGCUCCUCCUUCCGCGUGUGACCCGCGGCCGCCUGCGAGCGGGGAGGAGGCGCGGCGCGGCCCCAGUGUGGCGACGGCGGGAGGAGGAGGAGCGGGAGCCGCGGAGCGACGUACCCCCGCAGCCCCGCCGCCGGGCCCCGCCGGCGCCCCGAGCCCGACGGAGCCCCCCAUGCCCGUGUGGUGCUGCCGCUGCUCCUUGGCCGGUCCCGUUAGAAAUUACAACAGCUCUGAAACUGAAGGACAGCUUCUGAAUUCCUUUGGCCAGUAUUUUGGUGACAGCCUUGGGAAGAAGAUAAAAAGAAUGCCUUUAUUAGAAGAAACUGUUCUGCCUGGAGACUCUCUUCUUACUCUGCCUGUGGUAAUAAUAGGAAACGGACCUUCAGGAAUUUGUCUUUCAUAUCUACUGUCUGGAUACAGGCCAUAUUUGUCUCCUGAAGCUGUACAUCCAAACCCCAUUCUCCACACAAAAUUAGAGGAAGCCCGGCAUCUUUCCAUUGUUGAUCAGGAUCUAGAGUACCUGUCUGAAGGCCUGGAGGGACGCUCUUCAAACCCAGUUGCAGUGCUCUUUGAUACACUCCUUCAUCCCGAAGCUGACUUUGGGUAUGACUACCCAUCCGUUUUGCACUGGAAGCUGGAACAGCAUAAUUAUAUUCCCCAUGUAGUGCUUGGUAAAGGACCACCUGGUGGGGCUUGGCAUGCCAUGGAAGGCUCUAUGCUAACAAUCAGUUUUGGAGACUGGAUGGAACUGCCUGGACUCACUUUCAAGGAGUGGGCAGCUAGCAAGCGCAGAAAUAUAAAGAGUGACCGAGUAAUGCCGGAGGAAAUAGCUUGUUACUAUAAACACUACGUUAAAGUCAUGGGCCUCCAAAAAAACUUCAGGGACAAUGUUUACAUAACAUCAGUAUCCAGACUUUACCGAGGAGAUGAUGAAGAUAGAAGUCAGCUGAAUGAAAAUAUUCCGACGCAGCAUUUGGAAAUGGAAGAUGGACAGAAACCACUGAUUAAGCGAAACUGGGAAGUCAGAGGUUAUCAGCGAGCAACAGAUGGUUCUCAUGUGCCCUUCUGCCUCUUUGCUGAGAACGUGGCUCUUGCCACGGGAACCUUUGACUCUCCUGGCCGACUGCACAUUGAAGGUGAAGAUUUUCCUUUUGUCCUUCAUUCCAUGUCUGACUUCGGAGCUGCUGUAAGCAAAGGAAAGCUACGUGGGAAAGCAGACCCUGUGUUAAUUGUGGGUGCUGGACUUACUGCAGCUGAUGCAGUACUGUGUGCCUACAAUAACAACAUCCCAGUAAUUCAUGUGUUUCGUAGAAGAGUUACUGAUUCGAGUCUGAUUUUCAAACAAUUGCCUAAAAAGCUUUACCCUGAGUACCAUAAGGUCUAUCAUAUGAUGUGCACUCAGUCACAUACUGGGGACUCUCAUCUGCAUUCUGCUUACACUAGUUUCCCUGAACACAAUGUACUUUCCUUUAAGCCUGAAAUGAAAUGUGUUCUUCAGAGUGCCUCUGGACUGAAGAAAAUCUUGAAAUUUUCUGUAGCCUUAGUUCUGAUAGGUUCUCACCCAAAUCUUUUCUUUUUAAAGGACCAAGGACAUAGCAUAGGACAUCACUUAAAUCAGCCCAUCACGUGCAAAGGGAAUCCUAUUGAGAUAGAUCCAUAUACAUACGAAUGCACUAAAGAAGCAAACCUCUUUGCUUUAGGUCCCCUGGUGGGAGACAACUUUGUACGGUUUCUGAAAGGAGGUGCACUGGGCAUUGCACGAUGCUUGGCAAUAAGACAAAAGAAGAAACAUGAAUUGAUGGGAAGUGAGGAUGGAGGAGGUGAUGGGGUACCAUAAAUAAGGCAUUAGAAACUUUUCACAUAUGGAACUAGACUUAGUCUAACAAAACACUCACUGACAGCAAAAGUUGUUAGCAGUCAUAUUUCUGUAUACAAGUAACCUGUGCUUGUAUUGUUUGAUAAAGGAUGCUGAUACCAUAAUACUUCCUUUUCAAAAUGCAAAGAUUUGAUCUGCUGUUACAACUGAUCUCUAUCUACUGGAAUUAAUUCCAGAGAAACAGAAAAUGAGACUAACUCUUACUGACCUACCUGUCAUCUCUUGCUCAGCUGAAAGAGCAGACUUCCUCUGGGAAAUGCAAUGCCUGCCAGUGUGGGUUCAUCUUUCAGUGUCAAACUUGACAAAAUAUUCCUAUCCUGAAAUUAACUUCAAAAAGCAGAAGGCUGUUAGUAGAAAGUGAUGCUUGGUCCCAGAGCAAAUUUGGAGCCUUUUGAAGUGGGAAUUUUAUUUAUUUGCCAUAUUAAUACUUGGAAUGAGCACUUACAAAAUGGUCUUUACUAUACGAAGGAUAUUCCGUAAGCAGAGAGAGUCCCAAGAGAGUCCCAAGUGACCCAAUUUGGUAAUUGGAAUAAAAGAAUAGGCAUUCGUGUUUAAUCUUCAGUGCAUGAUUUGACAAUCCAUUAAUGUUUUUUUCAUGCAAUGCCUAGAUUUUGGUGAGUAGAGAAAGACGUGACGUGAGAUGUUCCCCUGCGGUGAUAUGUACGUUCUGAGAGAACUCACCAACAUAAACAAUAAAGUACUGAUGUAAGUGCUCUUAUUACAGUGUCAGUAUAAUGAAUAUCUAGUGUACCAGUGCAAAAGACUACAUGAGAAAGCUUUUCAGCUUUUUGCCUCCUAGCUCAGGAAGACUGGGAUCACUUGAGUGAUGAAGGUGGGUGAUAGGUGGUAGUAUUUCCCAUUUGGCCAAAUACUGGUUAUUUGCAGCCUGCAUAUUUUUAAAAUGUCAUGGGAAAGGAUUAUAUCUUACAGCCAGCGUAACAACAACAACAAACAAACAAUGACCAUACUUUGUAUGAAGGCUUACAGUUUGCUGUAAGAUAUAAAUAUUUAACGUGUAACUACCUCUGAAGUUUUACAUUUGUCCUCCAUAACAUAAGGUCUAGAUUUCAUUUGUUGGAUUUUUGUUUGAACGUGCUCUAGAAUUAUUGACUGUAGUAAGCAGCAGCUCACUGUUAUUCCAGAACUCACAAAUCAAGUGCUUCAGUUCAUUACCAAACACUUAAAACAGGUUAAUUCGCAGAAUAACCUGGGUAGACUCUUAGUUUUUCAUUAGCCCUUUUCUGUGUUAAAGAAUGUCAUGUUCAUGUAAGGUAUUGUACUUAAGUUCUGAUAUGAAGAUUUCAAUCACGCAAAUACAUUUUAAAACUGAAACGAGGUUUAGACUUGGUCUGAAACUAUCAGUGCUUGCUGGUAUCCCAGCUCGCUUUCCCAAGUUAUAGAUACCUGUAGUGACAAAUGCCUGUUUUCUGUGCCAACUGAAUUACUGAGUUCUGUGCCUACUGUCAGCCUUUAUGUACCUGAGGAAGGUAAUCAGGCUUGGAUCACAGAAGUUAAAGUCAAAAAGGCUGAAGUAUGUGAGGAUUAAAGUGAGGUGUUUUUUUUUCAAUGGAAAUCCAAAAUUAUUUAUGAAGUGAUGCUACUACUGACAAAUUUUAGAGAUAAUUGCUUAAGUAUAAGGAGGGCAGACUUCGUAUUUGCUUUAUUGCCUACACAAUUGAAUUCAGCUGUAUGUUUUCAGUGGUGGAGGUAUUUUUAAUAGUGACAUUUGGACUGGUUUUAAUUAUUCUAGGUUUAUUUUGUUGAUAAUUGAAUUGAGAUUCUAUAAUUAGCCUUCAUUAGUGAGAACUGUAUAUAUACAUCUAUCCUAAAUCUGUGCUACCCAAUAAUUUAACUAAGAAUUAGCAUUGAAGUGCUAGAUUUUAGACUGCAGGUAAUGGAACUGGAUAUUUUAGAACUGCUUAAUACUUGCUUACAAAAUCUUAUUGCAAUUAACAUAUUGAGAAUAUUUCUACACUGUGAUUAAAUUCCUUCAGUUUUGUGUAAGUGGCCAAGCAGAGCAUAUUGCAGCACAUCAGAGUACUUGCCUUCAUUACGUGAAACAAAAUGCCAUCAGAACACAGGAAACAAUAUACUUAAAAACUUGGCCAGCAGGAUAAAAGCUCUUGAGUGGCCGAAUCUCCAUCCUCAGCUGCUGCAUCUGCUAAUGGGCUGUGUUUGUAGUGAGGGAAAUAUGGUCAGAGAUAUUUGUUCUGUUCUUUGUACAGGUGUAUUUCACAACAGCAUUUACAACAUCUUGAGCCUUAGCUGCUUUUCUGUUUUCCUUAGUAUUUCUAAGAUGAAAAUUCAUGAGAUGCUUUAGUUGGGCAGAGGAGUUUAUUCGGUGGUAACUCUUGUUAGGCUGUCAGUAUAAAAAGAAAAAUAAUAAUAAUAGCCUUUAACUGAAGGUGUUCCAAAAAGGCACCCUGUUUUUUUUUCGUUUGUUUGUUUUCUUUUUCUAGAAAUUGCCAGUUCUGAAGUUUCAGCCAGACAUUUGGGUUUCUGACUUUGACUGCUUGGUGAGGUUUCCGUUUCUCUCCUAGAUACGCUGUGAGAAAAAGAUAUGCAGAAGUUAAUGCAGUUAGGAUAGCUUUUCUGUAGGACAGCUUUCCCUAAAGAAUUGGAUCACGCUGCAUUUGUUGUGGAUUAGAUGGGAGCACUGAAUAGGUACCUUUGGGGGAAACAUGUUGUCUCUCAGUUCUCAAAUAUAUCCACAUUCAAUAUAUGUAUUUAAAUUUCCUUUCUUCAUAAUAGUUCCCAAAGGGAAACUUUGCUUCCUUCAGCAUUUCUUUCAGUGAGGAAGGCAAGUUUUCAAAUACUGUACAUUAAAAAAAGGUUGCUUAUUACUGAAGCUUUAUUACUAAUAUGCAGAAAGAUUAUAACUGUUAGCUGAAGAAAUUUUAUUUAGAUUUAUAGAACUUCUAAAGGUGCAAUAACCAUGCUAAGUGUUUUCUAAUAGGCUGGUGGGAAAAUGUCUUUUGUAGUUGUUCUUGGUUCUUUAAUGCUGAAUACAUCUCCAAAACUAUUGCUAAGAUUAAUUAGUUUCCAACUGUGUUGAACUGGGACUAAGAUGUGUCCUAGUAUGUGAUUAUUUAAUGAUAGGCAGUUCUGAAUGAAGGUACCUAGCUGGGUGGUAACAAAUGGCAUGGUUUCUGUUGGCUUCCAGUGGCUGAUGGAUGAACUUCUGCUUAAUUUGCCAGGAUUGGCUUCAUUUUACCCUGGCAAGUGCAGAAAUCCACAGUAACGUCGGGCUGUUCUAUCUCAAGAGGAAGCACUGCCUGGAGCUAGCAGCCUUGGUUUUCUGCUGAACAUAUGGAGAGAGUAUUGGACCCAGAUGCAUAGGUUGCAAACAGGGCCUAUAUGCUGAGUAAAGGACACCAGAGAGCAUCCCAUAGCUAUGGGUCCCUGGUCCCCAACACUGCAGGGGUUGUUGGGAGGUGUCAUGCUGUCCUUGUGGCCUCUUGUGUAGGCACUCUUCAAUUAAUUUCUUUGUGAUGGUUGCCUAAUGAAAAAUAACAGUUUGGUAGAAGGAGAUGGCUGUAGCUUUUCUCUUGUAACAUUUAAACUGGGAAAAAGAUGAGAGACAGAAAAAUGGAGCACUUGGUUUAAUUUCCUACAGCAUUGAACAGACCUAGACUUUGACGCAGGCCUGUCUUGCACAGGCAGUUGGAGAGAGAAGGAAUUUACCUUGUUUUUAGGUAAUUUGCUCUUGAGAGACAAAGAAAGGGUGUGAAAUCUUUCAGCUCCCAACGAUUUCAUGCUAAUUAACAAGUAAUGACCAGUAAGUAACAAUAGAAGAAAGCAGUAAAGAAUCUGAGCAACUUAAACUUAAAAGCCUAUAGGUGCAAAAAGAGCCCACACAGUGUUAGAGCGUAGUGGGCUCCCAUCCUCUGUAAGGUUUAUGCUGUUGCAUUUUCACUUGGCUAAUAUUUUAGAACCAUUUGGCUCUGAUUUUCUGUUACCAGUGUGGAUUAUUUGGUGAGGGUUAGAGCCAGGUGGGAGCACAGUAGCCACACUGGCGGAAGAACUUUCUGGAUAUUCAUUUUCCUUGCACAACCUGGAAGAGAAUGCAUGAAUGCAUGCUUUGUUUGAGGUUACCACAAUGCCUGGUCUGUUGAGCAGAAACAAAGGAAUCUGAAAUGCCAUUGACAAAGGAAGGCUUUGGUGACACCGGGUGACUAAGUUAGACACUGCUUUACAAACAGCUCUUUCUGCAAGACAGUACUGUCUUUGGGGGGGAAUAUGGUACACUUCUAAGAUGUCUGAGCUAAUCCUCAAAGCCUGAAUUGCACUAGGAAAUGUGAAAUCACACAUUCAGUGUAAGGAACAAGGAUUGGGUUGAAGUAGUGAUUGCAGUAAGGCUAAGCACUCUUCCAGGGAUGGUUUUGUCAAUGCAGAUUGAAAUGUUUCAGGCUUAGUGCCCUGAUAUCCUGUUGCACCUGUCUGCAUGCUAGUGACUUUAUAGCAAUGAUAAUUUCUUACUUAAAGGGCAUAUUAAGCUCAACUCUUACUGGAAAUUCAAUAAAUUUACAUUUUCCUCCCCCAUCUCUUCAUGAUGAGAUCAGUGGCAAUGUGCAUGUAUACAACCAUACUGUCUGUGGUGGAUGCUUCAACCAACUAAAAUUUAGCAUAGUUCCUGGAUGCCCCUGUGGACUUGCAUCUAUUUAAAAAAAAACAGUACAGAAUCCUGGCUUUUUUUUUAAAAAAACUUGAUAUAUAAAUUAGAAUGUUGUCCACAAUUCUAAAGGAAAGGAAGUGAAAGAUUUGUAGACUUUCAAGGGGAUGACCUGAGCAAAAGGAAGAGUUUCAUGUUUAAUGGUAGGACCAGCUGUAUGAACGCUGAGGUGCUCCUUUUCAAAAUCCUGUCGCCUCACAUCUGUUUGGCAAAAUUUUGGAAAGUCAUUGCUCUGGUAUUGCCCAUUCCUGUUAGAUCUGAUGCUCUGGUUGCGGAUUUCCUGUUCUAAAUGAGCUGAAGAUUUAUAUUCACUCACCCACGCUUCCUGCUCUCAUGCAAGGCAGCUGGAGCUUGAGGUACCAAGUAAACAUUACAGUGCGUCAGGCUUCACUAUUUCUGCUUUUGCUGAAGUACGUUUAGGUCAUAUCCUUUUUUAGAAGUUCAGUGUAAACAUAACACAUAGAUGGUAUCUGCUGUCAGCUGAAGUAGAUUCUCCUUUGAGUUGUGAGUAAAACCUCAGUUUUGAUGAGAUGAUAAACUUUCCCAAGGCUUGCAUACAAACCUUGUUUCAUCUUCAGGUGUGAAAUCUGAUGGCAGAUGAGGGUUCUCCACUUCCUUUGGCCUUUCAAGUCAAAUUAUAUGUGGUGAGGCAAAAUUGUAUGGUGUUCAGGAGGAGGAAAUUAUAUUGAUCUGGUGCUGCAACUAAUGCUUGAGAAAGAGAGAUUCUGAGAGUCAGAGAUGAGGCAGAAUGGUGCAAACAGUGUUAAAGCAAAUGGUGGGGCAUGCUGCUGGCUGGGGAGAUAUAGAAAUGGUAGGGAUAUUGGAAUGUAGUGAUGGUGGUCAUCAAAACUUGUUAAGAGGAGGUGUGAGGGGUGUAACAGUAAGGAAGAUGAUACACGUGUGUUGCUGUUUGGUUUAGGAAUGAAGAUACUAGAAUGAGCAGAGUGCAGUCAGAUGAGGCCAAUUUGUGAUUCAAAUACUGGGUAUGGCCAAAUGUGACUGGGGAUUCCAUACAUUGAAUGAAGCAAGAGAAGGGCAAGGUGUAUGGGGGGGGAGGAAGUAAGGGGGAGAAGAUGAAUUUUCUGUACAAAAGAACUGAUGUUAGGAGAGCUGGUUGGGGUGGAGGUAGGCCUCAGAGCUGCCUUUGACUGGUAUGCCAGCUAUGAGCUGAAGCUUGGUGUGAAAUGUGAUUUGAUUCCUCUGACUGAGGAAUGGUGGUCAGCAGAUGAAUGUGAAAUUGAUGGGAAACAUAUUUUCAGACCACAGGAAUUAGUGCAGUGCCGCAGGAGAAGCCUGCCCUGCCCUCACCCCCUGCUGCAUCGGCCCUGAGAGAUGGAAAGUAAGGGCAGGAGUGAGAUGUGGGUUGUCACUGGUGGAAAGAAAUGGAACACGAAUCUCAACAGUCUGAGGGAAAAAGUCCCAGUAGCUUUGCCCAAGGCAGUGGCUUCCCAAACAGACAUGGAAAAGGCAGGAAAUCAGUGGAAACGGAGAGUGAGGAUGAUGUUCCUGCACAGAUGCAGCACCUGGGCCCUGCUCCAGGGGUGUGCGAGUUAAUUCAGCCUGUGUGGAACCAUGCUCAGUGAAGCUGCUGGAUGCAAGACUGUACUCUAAAAGCCUUGCUAAUAAAAAGUAUAUUUAGUCUGUAUACUGUGUGCAUCUCCUUCCUGUGAGCAAUGUGAACAAAGAUGGUUCUAAAAAAAGCAGACCCACAGCCCCUCAGUGUUCGUUACUCAGAAAAAUGAAAGUGCUGUAGAUAAAGCUGCUGCUUUUUUAUCCAAAAAAUACAGCUAUAAGCAGAGUUUAGUCAAGUGUGCUAUGCUUUUAAGUUGUGAUUUGGAUUAGAGAAAGCUUAAAGGUCCAAGUUUGGUUAGUAAAUGUUUUUUUUAGUUGCAGAUGCUAAGUUAACCCCAUACAAGUUCACUAAGAGAAAAAAAAAAAAGUUCAUCUGAAUCUUGAAACCAAAGGGCAGAAACCAUCUGUAAAACCAAAGCAUACAGCAGCAGUUGUUCUGAACUACACAAUGCUCAGUAAAAGGCUACUGUUCACGAAAAGUCACUCUGUACAGAGAUGUGAUACAGGGAAAUGAAAUGUGUGAGUACAAAUCUCCCCAUGGAGAGAAUUGCAGCCCCAAAGCAGGAGCAGUAAUUUCUAAUACAGUGGGAGAAAACAGGAAACCACCUUCCCUAGUAAAGUAGUUUCACAGCUGCCUGUGAGAGAAUGCAGAGAAAUGCUGGCACAGAGAAACAUCACUAGAUUUAUGAAGAACCCUCCAAGGGCUUCUAUUUAGGUGCUCACCUAAUUGCAUGAUGGGUGAGUCUAUCAGUUCUAUGAUGCUAAACUGAAAAAAAGAAUCAAGGCUGCUAAAUCAGCUAUGUGGGGAACUGGAUGUGAGAAGCCCUAACUGCUACAACUUGAACACAAGAGUGGUCUCAGCUGUGCCUCUGGGGCUGCUCAAGUUGCAGUCUGAGUAGCAGAAGACUUGGCUUUUAUGUUCUUUUACAAGGCCCAUGGUAUGUUCUGUUACGAGUUUUUCAAGAAAGAAGAGUUUUUUUCUAUCAAUUAUAUACAAAGGUAAACAGAAUCUUUCUGAAGGAUCUUGUCCACUGAUAUUCUGCUUAGUAACUACCAUCAAAAAGGUCAUCCUCAGCAGUCUGCAAGGACUCAGAUCCAUUAGAACAGAGAGCUUUAAACAUAAAAACAUGGGAAUUUUGAGAUGAGAAAAAUUCACGUUGAGAGUACAACGAGUAAUACUAAGUACAUCUCUUCCAGCAAAUGCUGCAAUAGCUGAAGAACCACUAAAGGUGGUGGGUGGAUGAGAUCUGCCCCUGCUGUGAUGUAAGUUACAGUACCAACGUACCUUAUGGCCAUCUGCUGAAUUCAGAGUUAUCGAUCUUCCAAUCUGUGUAUCUUUUUGGCCAUCCCUGAGCAGUCAAGGAUCCACAAAGAAAAAAAAUGAGGAACAACUGUUUUUUGAACACAAAAUAUUUUUUUGUCUGAGACCAUGUAACCAGUUUGACUUCAGGAUAAUUGCUACUGACAUACAUAGAUCUUGGGGCACUGUUCUUCGGAGCUGAAACAUGACACAGUGGUUUGAAAUAGCCUAGUUCACCUUGACUGCUGUGUUAAAGAUUCAGUCACAUCACAUAAGAAAAGCGAUCCUACCAUCUUAUAAACAGUGAUAGAACUACUGUCCGCCUUCAUCACAGCUUUAUGUAAGUGAACAACUUCAAGGCUUUUUGAGCUGAACUUAAGUAUGACAAAGAAAAGCUGUUUUAUUUCCAUCCCCAAAAUCUUUUAGAACAGUAGCACUAGUACUUGCUCUACUUAAUGAACCACUGAGAAGGCUACCAUCAUUAGGCAUUAGCUACGCUUAAAUCUCUUAAUAGAUUCCUAACUCUUAAGACAAUAUCCCUGAAAAAGAGCUCAAGAAUUCAAUUAACGUCCUUUUCUCCCUCGUGAGACCAGUUCCUUCCAUUUCUCUUGGCCUGAAUCUUCAAGACUGGAAAAAUGACCUUAUUUCAAAAAGGAGCAGUGUUUAUUUGGCUUCCCUGCCACAACUUGAUCUUGAAUUUUCAACCUUUUUCUUCUUUCAUUUGAUGGAAAAGCUCCUACAAUGCUAAAAAUCAGGGACAAGUCUCUACAAGCAGUAUUGGGACAGCUGUUAUCUACUGACAUAAAAGGAGGAUGGAAUAAAGCUAAAUCCUCUAUUCUAUUGAAAAUAAUGAGUAGUAACUGUCAGCUCAAAGAGGGGAGUGGUUCACGCUUCUCAACCUGAAGCAUACUUUUCUGUUAAAUGAAUUUUAUUUAAAAAAAAUUCUGAGUAGCUCAGAAAGUAGAACUGAUCAUGUCCCUUGAAAGGAACAGCACUCUGUAUUUAUCAGUUAGCACAAGACUUACAUUCAAUUCCCUUAACUACAACGUUCUGUUGAAUUAAGAAAAAAAAGUGAACACAAGUCUCCUCAUUGUACUUGUGAAAAUCAUCAAAUCUCGUCUUCCUCCCCAUCUGUCUCAAGUUCUACUGCAAAUGAAAACAAUUUACAAAUUUAUACUCUGGAGAAAUUAAUAAGGCUGAUUUGGCCACUCUGUACAUAGCAGGGGGGUUGAAACUCGAUCACUCUGGUCCUUUUCAACCCAUGCCAUUCUGUGAUGAUUCUAUGAUGAUUUUCACGUGAUACUACAGGAAAGUAUAUAAACUCUUGUACAAUGAUUGUCAUCGUGUAACUUUUUAAGAACAAUUUGUAUGAGGAAGAAACAGCAGCCAUUUUCAAACACACUUCUUUCCUAUUUGCAAAGGAAAGAGAAUAGGUGGAGAAAAAAACAAUCUUUGCCUCUCUUCCCUCUCAAAGAAAAAAAACCACAUAACUGAACUGCCUGUUGCUGUUGCAAAAUUUUCCUGAGUUUACAGGGCUGUUUCUAACCCAGCUGUAAGAUGUUCAAACAAAUACUGACUAUUUGAAUACUGAGAAUGAGGCAAGAGCUCUCAUUUUUUAAUACUAAGAUUUGUUUAAAUAUUUGCCAUCACAAAAAAUUGGUGUUUAUGUGUAAAUAAUCUGUUGUUACCAACUUCAAGAACAGGAAGAAGCUGGAGUUGAUUAGUAUUCAAUUUGUGCCUGAGUAAAUAAGAAAUAUUUAAGGUUUAGUGUAACUUCUUUGUCUUGAUUACGCCCUCUUCAAAAACUUUCACAAGGCAAAUGUGAUAAUAGACAAACAGCUAAUUAACUAACAGGGCCUGAUCCUAGCUUCCUUUCUUCUCCCUCUUGUCCACCCCCUCCAAUAGUAUUGACAAGUGAACAUUAGAAAGAAACUGCCUGAAAUUAAAUCCUAAAUACAUGCAGUAUUUUCCUAAGCAUUACUCUGAAACAAAAACGUUAAGGUCUUGAAUGUACAAUCCUUGAAAGAAAAUUCUUUUUCUGUAUUAAAAGCAAGAUUUAAAAACAAGUCAUACAGUAGCAGAUAGCUCAGACAGUCAUACAUGUGUAUAUAUUACAUGCUGUAACCAGCAAACACAUCAGUGGAGCAGAAAGCAUAUUUUGAUACAGAACUGCUGUAAAUUCAGGUCACAAUUUAUCUUCUCCUUUUCACGUUAGGAUCAUACCUGCAACAAAAAAAGAAGUUGUCACAAAUAAGCAUGGCUCCAUGAUAUUUGAAUUUAAGAAUGUAAUGCAAAUGAUUUUAUUAUACAAUUAUAACAAGGGAUUAGGCAACGUUCAGUCCUUUCCCAGACUGCACCUCUGUGAUUAAUUAUUGUUGCUACAAUUUGACUGAAGAAUGGAGAAGUUAAACCUGUGCAUGAACUGAAGGUAACGCUCUUCCCUGGCUCCUUUCCUAGCUACUCAAAAUCUUUCUGUCUAUCCCACACAUAAGCAAGAUUCUCCAAGCCUGUAAGUAUCCAUAUAUAACUGAGACACCCUGCAAAAAAAGUCCAGAGGCCAGGGGUAGAAGAGUACUGUACAUUCACAGCAAUCUACAUUUGGCCAAAACUCAUUCAGCAAAAAUCCUUUUACUUUCUGGAAAAAAAUUAGAUUUCUGAGUUACAGCAAUAUAUUUACGAUUUUCCUGUGCUACACCCCUUGGCCUUCUUUUCUUCAUUUGUGCUUCACUUCCCCAAAUCCCAUGUCCCUUCUUUGAAAUUCUGAUAUGCUUUGUACUCACGCGUGGAUAACUUACGGACACAACAAAUGAUCAGGCAGUUUUACUUCCACUCAUUCUGAGCUCAUUCAUCAGGACUUUUUUUUGCUUAGGCAGGAAAAUGUCAUAACUUCUGAGCCAAAUUACAUCACCAUAUAAUUACAAAGCUAUUAUAGAAUUUACUGCUCUAACACAUGAAACGUGUAUCCUUUGAAAGCAACGCUCUAUUAUUAACUAUUAAUGAACAACACAAGCUGUUAAUACAGUAAGCUUUUCUGAAUGGCUUGUACACAUGUUGAUACUCAGUAUGAUGUCAUUUUGACAGUCAGUUGGACAAACACCACUUUCUUCACAAUCUACACUUUUCUACCAAAAUGUACAGUUUUUAGAAUUUGUCAAAUGCAUGUCAGGUCAGAAGACACACAGUGGUUUCUUGCUUCUUCACAUAAAAAUGAGAGAAUAAUUAAAGCUUUGCUGACCAAAAUGAGACCCUUAUACUCAAUCUCAUUUGACUUCAUUGCUAGAACAUUAUUACAAAUCAAUUGUAACAUUUAAGGAUGUCCUGGACACCAAAACACAUUCAGAGAUCUCAAAGAACCGAUAAAACCAGAGGAGACAUUUCAUGGUGUCCUGAUGGCAGGGUUCCAGCUUCAACUCCAUCUGAGACUGUCUAUGGAGAAGAUGACACUGACCAUCAUGAACACCUUUCUAUUUAAUUCUCCAUCUCACCUUCAGUCAUUUUUCAUGCUAAACGAAUCCUGGAUGAUGUUUUCCAAACAGAAUGAAAUCAAACAGUAUCUGAGAAAGGAAACUCUACAGUGACUGUGGCUUGGACCAGAAAGAAAGCUACAGAGAUUCCAUCGCUGGCAUAAAUGUACAAAGAAACAAAAGGCUUUGCUGGGAAAAGGGAAUGAAGGGCACAAAGGGGUGUUAGUAAGCAUAACCAAUUUAUUUGUAGUCUUAGCAGAAAGAUAUUUCCUUCCUUUCUGUCUCAUUUCUCUCUGUACUGAAUCAAAAGUAGAUGAAGGUAUGGGUUUUCUUUCCAACUCAUCUUUACCUUGGAGCAUGAGUGUUGCUAAUUUCAUUUUCAAAUGCAAUUUUCAGGGGAAAUUGCAGCUGUUAAAAUUAGCAUCACACCAACCAGUUUUGCUCAGGAUUAAGGACAAAAUUAGAAGUAGGUUACGAUCUGCUGAACAUUAAAUUACGUGUUUGAGUAUUUUUGGAACCUUCGGGACGUGCCACUAUCCCAAAUAAAUUGGCACUAAGGUCAAAACCGUUCUAAGCAUGAAUGCACGUGAAUUAUCUAAGCUUCCACUGCUUUUGAAAGGUUCAAAUUAAUCAAGAUACUUCAGAUCAGUUAAUUUUCUAGCACAGCAAUCAAGCUGCACCAUGUAUUUGUAUAAAUGUAUUCGUAAUUGUCAUGCAUUUAAAUGUACUGCAAACAUAAAACCUGGAUCCAAGAUAGCAAACUUGGCACAGAACAUCUGGAAAGCAGUUAUAGAGCAUUGAAAUUUAAGAUUGGAGUUGAAAGUGGCCAGACAAGAAAUCAAUUGAAUAAGAUGAUUUUCCAUACUCUUUCAAAAGAGAGAUGAGGAAAAGUAGUAAGCAACUGAAACAAGGGAAAAUGGAAGAAAACCACUACUACAAUGAAUUAUGCCAAAAAGCAUAGGAAAUAUAACAUUUAGGUGUAUUUAUACAUUGUUAAGUUUUUGGGAGUCAUUACCUCAAAGGUUAAAAAAGAUCAUUCUGAUGAUCCCUUCUUUCACAGAGAUAACAUUCCUUGCUUUAGGUCCCUCAGCACAAAUAGACAAGUACCACGGCUAGCACUAAAGUCACAAACUCCAGAACUGUUCUUUAGGAAUUCAGAUGACCGGCUUAAAUCUAACACCAAACUGUUUCAUCAAGCAAACGCACAGAGCUUGACUCUGGAAAUCUCUUCCAGUCUUUGUGAAUAAUCAGCCAGAGAAUCACGCCGUGUCCUGAGGAACUGAAAGGGACCCGAAAGGAACACCAAAAGUUCAACUUCUGGCUCCACACAGAACUAAGACAAGAGACAGGAAAUGGCAACAUUCUCAUUUGAGAAUGUUCUUUUACAAUUAUUAGGGUAAUUCUGAAGUGGAAGUUUAAAGCAAAAACAAACAAACAAACAACAACAACUGAGAGUCGUAAUUGAAAGUUACCUUGAGUAUA